AUGGCCCUGGGACAGAGGCCGCUCAUCACUAUGUCCCGGGGAGCAGGGCGACUGCGGGGCGCACUGCGGGCCCUCAUCCUCCUCGGCGUCCUAGUGGGUAUGGUGGAGCCCUCCCCCGUGGGCAUCCGCGCCAACAGCACACGGCUGGGCUCGAGGGGCUGGGGCGCCCUGCUGUCCAGGUCUCGCGUGGGGCUGGCCGGGGAGACCGCUGGUGUCCCCUGGGAGAGCGGCUAUCUGGUGGGGCUCAAGCGGCAGAGGAGGCUCUACUGCAACGUGGGCAUCGGCUUCCACCUCCAGGUGCCGCCCGACGGCCGGAUCAGCGGGACCCACGAGGAGAGUCCCUACAGCCUGCUGGAGAUCUCCACGGUGGAGCGGGGCGUGGUGAGCCUCUUUGGGGUGAAAAGUGCCCUCUUCGUCGCCAUGAACAGUAAAGGAAGGCUGUACACGACGCCCAGCUUUCAGGAGGAAUGCAAGUUCAGAGAAACCCUCCUGCCCAAUAAUUACAACGCCUACGAGUCAGCCCUGUACCGAGGCACGUACAUCGCACUGAGCAAAUACGGACGGGUGAAGCGGGGCAGCAAGGUGUCCCCGGUCAUGACUGUCACUCACUUCCUUCCCAGGAUAUAAGGGCCCUGAAGGGAGGCAGCUUUUCUGUUGGAAUUUUGCACAAGUUAACAGUUGUCCCCUCUCCCCGUGACUCCUGGGUUGGGCUCUUCUGGUGCUUGGGGAGACCAGGGUCAGUCCCCUUGGCGGCCGGACCCCAUGGUGUGCGACCCACCUGAGUGUGGGGUUGCAGCCAGUAUUCCAGAAUGGCAACUGAUCCCACGCUCUGACCUCGCCUGAGGAAAGAAGAU